GCCACAAAUGUCACAUCAAAUCGGUUCAUAUGUCGCCACACCCGUGACAUAAUCUGCCAUUAUCGUGACGUAAUCUUCCAUCGCCAAAUCCUCUCGUUUCGAAUACCCUACCACCCCACUUAAAACUCGCCACGUCAUGAAAAUGAAAAUGCUUCUCAAAAGCUCUUUAGGUUAACAUCCGAACGCGAAUAUUGCUUUGCCCUUUUUGACAAAAUUGAAAAGCCGAGAAGGGAGUUGGGAGAGUGGUGACAGGUGUAUGGAGGGUGACAAGAGAAAGUCGGACGUGAACGAAGCCGUUCCGGGAGGAUAUCACAAGAGGGAGAGAGUGGACGUUAACGGGGAGGAGAAGACUGUGACGGAGGAGGAGGUGGAGGAAUUCUUCGCGAUCCUCAGGCGUAUACACGUUGCGAUAAAUUAUUUCAAGAAGGGUAACUACAACAUGCGCGACUUAACAGAGCUGGGAAAGGCAGAGUCGCUGAAUUUGGGACGGAACGUUGAAGUAAACGGCUGUAAGAAGACGGAGAAGGAAAAUGUAGGUUUGGACUUGAAUGCUGAUCCGGGUACGGGUUCAGACCCGUUUUAGUUAGUCAUUUCCGUCUCCAU